AUGGCGAUCAGGCUUACGAUUAGAUACCGGGCAAAUGCAAUUGAAGCAAAUGUUAUGGGAACAGACACGCUAGAGAUGCUAAAGAUUCAAAUACAGGAGAUGACGGGCGUUUCUGUUGAGUGCCAAGUACUUUUGUUCAAUGAUAGGGUUCUUAAUGACAAUAACAAGGAGCUCAAAGAGUUAGGUGUGAACACAGAUUGCGUUUUGUAUCUGAAGAAGAGGAUGGAGAUGCAGAGUGGAGGCAAAAAGGAAAAUUUCAGUGCAUCUAUGAUGAAGAACCCGCUUGUGAAGAACUUCAUGAAGAACCCUGAUGCAAUGAAAAGUAUCAUUGAGAUGUUUCCUGGGCUCAAGGAUGAAAUUGAAGCGAAUCCUGAGAUUCGGAUGAUGAUGAAUAGUUCCAGUCUUCAGGAAGAGCUGGAGAUGCUUUCCAUGAAUCCUGAAUACAUGAACACACAGUUGAAGAAUCUCGACAUAACCAUGUCAAAGCUUGAGAACAUUCCAGGAGGAAUUAAUAUGAUCAGCAGUAUGAUUAAGGAUGUGCAAGAUCCACUAUCAGCAUCUCUCAAGGACGGAAUCAUUGGAGGAUGCAAGGUUAAAGAGGGAAGAAAGAUCGACAGCCCCAUCCAUGAGGCGAUUCCAGGAGGAGGCAUGAAGGCAGAAAGCCAGCUUGUAAAAUAUAGAGAGAAGCUCGCAGAGCUUAAGCAAAUGGGAUUCAGAGGCACAAGAAGGAAUCUUGAUGCCCUUAUUGCAUGCAAUGGAGACUUGGAGGGGACUAUAAUGCGCCUAGGUAAGGAGGAUGGCAAAGCAUCCUGA